AGCCCUCACCACUUAACAGUCCACUUGAUAUCGCAAUAAUUUUCAAUUUCCCGCCAACUGAGAAGCAAGCGAGACUCACGAGUUAGUUGGUACAUCGCUGGCUCUCGGCAACGCUGCCGCUUGACAUCGUCGGCGCAUCCUCACCAAGUCACAAUCGUAAUUUGCAAUUCGCACGUCGAUCGGUCGAUCCGCGCCGUAUUCCGCAUUCGCGUCGUCCAUUGCACACUCGAUAAUCAAAGACGAAGCUUUCGGCGAUCUUCAUUUUGUUCUUGUACAAUGUGAAAUUUAACGUUAACUAGUUGAAAUACGCUGUAGCCGUCUCGAUCAUCACGAUGGGAAUUUUCAAGUGAUUGUGCUUGUUGAUAAAUUUGGUGCCGGUCAAUGUCGUCUGAAAUAAUAGGAGAAUACGUCGUUCAGUGUGUUCGAAUAAGAUGUCGUUCUGCAAGCUGCUUGUGCCAACGUCGAUAUUUUUCCGAAAUAACGAUUCCACUCGAAGCAACAUCGCCGCAAUAUGUUAAUUCGCAGCCUCUCGUUGUGUACGUUGGGAAAGUCGCUUAAAAAUGACUUGUUUAUCUUGAAAUACGAUCAAUUCGAAAACUCAAGUACAUUGGCGAAGUCUGCAAUGUCGAGGCGUAACAAACCUCAGACGCAAUUCAUCAUACACAGGGAUCCAACGAAACCGUCUUGCUGCUUUUGUGGCCUUUCGGAGGAGAAUGAAGUGGAGUAUGGAAAAUUUUAUCAACACAGCGGCAUCAUUACUCAUUAUUAUUGUUUGCUCUUAUCAUCGAAUAUGGAACAGAAAGGAAACGACGAUGAGGGCAUUUUGGGAUUCUUAGCGGAUGAUAUACAAAAAGAAAUACGUAGAGGAAAAAGGCUUGUUUGUUCCUAUUGUAGAAGAAAUGGCGCGACUUUAGGUUGUUGUAAUACUAAAUGUAAAAAGAUUUUUCAUUUUCCAUGUGGUUUAAAGGCUGGGUCUUUACACCAGUUUUUUGGCGAGUUCAGGUCCUAUUGCAUAAAUCAUAGACCAAAGCAAAAAAUUGAUGAAAGAGUGAAAAAUGAAAUUGAAAAUAUGUCUAACAUAUUGUGCUACAUUUGUUACGAAGAUGUUGAACCACUAGAUUGUAAUGGAACAUUGUGGGCACCCUGUUGUCAAAAAAAUGCUUGGUUUCAUAGAAAAUGUGUUCAACAACUUGCCAUGAGUGCUGGAUAUUUCUUUAAGUGUCCGCUUUGUAAUAAUAAGCGAGAAUUUCAAACUGCCAUGUUAGAAUAUGGAAUUUAUAUUCCAAGACAGGAUGCAUCUUGGGAGCUUGUGCCAAAUGCAUUUGAAGAAUUGCUAUACAGACAUAAUCGUUGCGAUUCUAUGGCUUGCCUAUGUCCUAAAGGCAGAACAUAUACAAGUAGUAAUGCAAAGUGGGAAUUAGUAUUAUGUCGGAUGUGUGGUUCACAAGGAACUCAUUUAUUUUGUAGUCGCCUUAAAUGGGCAAAUCCAGUAUGGGAAUGCCAAGAAUGUAUUGCAAUUAUAAAACCGGGUAAAAGUAGAAUAAUGACUGAUGAUUCAACGUCUAAUUCAGACGAUGCAACUAGACAAAGGAGAAAUACUACGCUUAAUUUAACAAUUAGAGAAUACAAUGAUGAUAGCGACUCUGACAUUUCGGUUGGUAACGAUCGUGAACCAAUAGAAAACAAUAUAGAUAACAUUCCAAUGUUUUUACCUCAAUUAAAAUUACGACCUGGACCGCGAUCAUUUAAACUACAGCAAGUUGAAAAAUUAAAAAUCUCUGAGGCUACUAAGGAAUGUUACAACUCAACCCAUAAUAGUCCUAGUAAUUCUAACAUAGCAGUCAAUAGUAAUAUACUCAAUAAUAUUGGAAACACAAGAGUGUCUGCGACAUCGACAAAUUUAUUUGGAGAAGUUAUUUGUCUAGAUAGUGAUGACGAAGCCGUUGAGAUUCUUUGUGAAAACGCAAUGAAAAGUACAAUUAGAAGUAAUGGAAUAUCUCAUUUUAAUAAGAUGAACAAAGCAGGCAGUAGUGAUACGUCGAAUAUACUAAAGUCGCAUUUAGAAAGCGGCGUGAGAUCGUUGCCGAACAAAUCGAAUACCGUCUAUAUAGGAGCAGCAAAAAUAAGUGGCGAUGUGGCCUCGGCAAUAGUGGAGGAGAGUGGCGAUUCUUCUUUUAAUAUCAUCAUAAGCAACGUAACGUCUGUACCUCCGGAAUUCUUUGAGAGUGCCGAGGAGCCAUUGGCUGACGACGGCUUAAAAUAUAAGACAGAGUUAGCCUCGAGUGUAUCGCAGUAUAAUCUUAAGAGAAAUCAUCCGCUAGACGAGGAAAAUGGCCGCCCGCUCGUUAUCGAAGCGUCUAAACGGGCGCGACUCGAAGCCGCGCAUCAGCAAAUAAAUUACGUAGAGUCCGCGAACGUUGCCGAUAUUACCAAAGACAGCAUCAUGAAGAUUGAGAGGAUCGAAUCGUUAGAUGACGUGUUAUCCAACGUUAAAAAACAAAGUCACGGUAAAGCUGAUAUGAUGACACCGUUAAUAGGAUCCAGCAGCGCGACUUCCUCACUCGAAAGUUGUCACGGAGAUGCAGGCACCAGUCCUGCAAUGGUUGACACCAGCCGCUUCUGCGGUCAAGUUAGGACCGCAGUCGACAGAAUUCCAGCGACUGCCAAUGCGCAUCAAAAAUCUUGGACAGCCACUCCAGUAUCCGUCAAUAAUGCCGGAAGUAAUUCGGAACUCGCCUUUCGUACCGUUUUCGAAAAUGGUUCAAGUUCCCAUUGCAGCAACGACGGCAGUGGCAAUAGCGGCAAUUCAAAGUCAAAAAAUUCCACUUUUAAUCGAUCUGGAUUGAUUCCAGAUUGUAUAUAUCUUGAUGAAAUUAAUUUCAAAACUUAUGGAGACAAUGUGGACAUAAUAUAUGGCACGCAUACGAUCCGGCUGAAAAUGAAUGGCCUAAGGAACAUGAAUUUGUCAAAUGUUGCGGGUAAUGUUGUGUCAACCUCAGCGUCCCCGUUCGCAGGAUCGAAUUUUCUUUUAUCAAGUGAAAAAAGUAGUAAAUCCUUUCAGUUACGCUCUGACGACUCGGAUGAAUUUGAUAAUAAUUCAAAAUCAUUGAAUAACGAAGGCCGAAGGAGUUUUGUUUACGAGGACGAUAACACAUUGUUAGAAUAUCCAACUUCUGCAAGUGUUUCGCAUAAUAAUGUUAAAAUUUUGAAGAAAAUGUCAUUAACGCACGAUAAAACUGUUUCGAGAUUCGCCAAAAACGAUUUAAAAGAGAACUGGGAUCCAGAAAUAUCGAGUUCGAGCAACAACACUUUUGAUAGUUCAAACAACAAUAAUAAUCAAAUUAAUUAUUCCGAUCUAAAGGAGAACAAUACUAAUUCUUAUGAAAAGUCAAAUAAGAAUGAUGAUGAUAAUAUUUUUUCACAAACGCAACGAGAUGAUUUAUGUGCCAAUCAGCGAUUUUCCCGAAGAAGUAAUAGAUUUAUUCGACAUUUCCGAUCUGUUCGACAGUCGAAUGUUAUGAAGAAUGGUCGCGUUAAUGGGGACUCGACAGACCUUAAUUUGAGCACAUCGUCGUCAUUAUCUUCUUCAUCUGGAAAAUCAAAUAAAAUAGGGGAGAUCGAUCAGUCUAUUAGAUCCAAAUCACUGAAUGUUAUCAAUAGUUCAGACAUUGUGUUUCAUGAUAAACAUUUUGAAAAUGUUGGUGUUAAUGAUUUAAGAUUAACGAUUACGGACAAAGUGAACGAUAAUACACACGAUAAUAGUGAAAUUGUUGCGGAUGUGGAUUUCAAAGUCAGUAUAGAUUUACAAAAAAUAAGUAAUCUUAUCAACGCCAAACCAGAUUUAUUUUUUAAAACUAAAAAUGAUGGCGUCAAUAGCCCGCGCGCUUACAGAGUGAAUGAGAAGUUAAAGAUCGAGUUUGAAUUAGGAGAGACAAAAUUUAUUACAAAAUCUCAAAGCUUCGAUUGCCUUCUGGAUUAUACAAAUGAUAAUUUAUUCUUCAACAGAAGCAAAAGCUUAGAGGACUUAUCAUUUAUUGAUAGUAACGACUUCAUGAUAGCGACUGAUAAAAAAGACUGCAUAAAAAGAAAUCAGCGUCGAAAAACAAGACAAUUUGAGAAACACGAGUGUUUUAGUUACUGGUAUUCAGAAACAAUGCAUCGAAGUUUUGAGUUUCCAAAUUUAUUUUCAGUGCAAUUUUCAUUAACUUAAUAAUCGGUUAACCAAUGACUCAUGAAUUUAUUUUCACAUGCUCUAAAAUAAACAAUAUACGCACCAUAAAGUGUAACUUAGUUUAAAACUGAAUAGUCUAAUAUGUUCAGUUUUUGUGAUAAAACGUCAAAAAUGUUUUCUUUUACAAAUGGACAUUACGAAUAUUAUGUAGAUAGCGUAUAAAUAAACAGUACGUUUAAAUUUUAAUAUGUAUUGUAAGCGAUAAUAA